AUGGGAAUGGAGUCCAGCUUUGAGAAGGCGAGUGAACAGGAAGGCCUGCAGAUCUGGAAGGUGGAGAAGAUGAAGCUUGUCAGUGUGCCCACGAGCGAGCAUGGCACCUUCUUCACUGGGGAUGCCUACCUUGUCCUUCAUCGCCAGGACGAUAGCACCCACCUACACAUCUGGCACGGGAGUGGGCACUGUCGGAGGGGCGAUCAGUGCAAUCCACGCCCAUCCCAUCAGCACCUCGUCUGCUCCUUAAAGAAUCCGCACCUCAACAAACAGAACCUCCCAGAAGGAGGGGUGGAGUCAGGCUUCCAGAAGGUUCCGUCAGGCCCGGCAUUGGUCCGCAGGUUGUACCACGUCAAGGGGAAGAGGAAUGUCCGGGCCAAGCAGGUUGAUAUGAGCUGGUCGAGCUUCAACACGGGAGAUUGCUUCAUCCUGGACCUGGGGCAGAAUAUUUACCAGUGGUGCGGCUCCCUCUCGAACAUGUACGAGAAGCAGAAAGCAGGAGAAUUUGCCAGCUCCAUUCGGGAUGUCGAACGUCGAGGGAAGGCCCAGGUCAUCUUCGUUUCAGACGGCGAGGAACCAGAGGAAAUGACAGAGGUGAGACCGAGAGAGACAGGCAGCGAACGGGGGGCAAUGGGUGCCAAAGGACGGGGUGCGAACAGUGAGGAGCGGCGAGCUGCGCUGAAAGUGGCCGAGGAUGUCAUCUCCCAGCGGAACUAUCCAUCAAACACCCAGGUGGAAAUCAUUCCUGAGGGUCUGGAGACUGCCUUUUUCAAGCAGUUCUUCAAAGGCUGGAACUGAGAUCGGUGAUUGGCCGCUGGGAUCGGACUGUGCGCCGACCGGAAAUGUCGUCCCAUGUGAACCUGAAGCCCUCGCUCUAGCUCCAUCCCCUCUCCACAUUGUCCUCGCGGUUCCCUCCCCGAUGCGCCAGCACAAAACCUCUCUCCUCCGUCCAAAUACACCCCGAUCACUCAGCGACGGAGACCGUUCAGCCCAUCGAAUUGUCUGCAAUGUCCCUCGCUCAACAAAAAUGCUCAGGCCUUUCAAAGGACUUCCUCUCCACCUUCCUUGGGGUCGGGCGCUAUCUGUCUGCAUCCAACGGAUUGAGGAGCGAGCCCUCCUAUCGGGGCCUGAAGGAGGCCAUUCAGCCGUCUGUGCCUGUGCUAGCCCUUUGAGAGUUUCGCUGCGUGCUAAGGUCCGGCUCACUGCGUUCGAAUUAUGGCUCCCUUCACAUCCCCCAGCACCCCGCUGCCCCCCCAUCCCGCUCGGCCUCUGUUUCUGCCCCCAACCCCCUCCCCGACCGUCUUCAAACCCAACCUCCUCCCUCCAUCCAACCCCACGCGCACCCCGCCUACCCCCCAACCCCCUCUGCCAUCCCUCAGAACGUUCUGGAAAAGAUGAUGUCUUCAGGAACGAUCCGGCGAAUUUCUGCGGAAACAGAGCCGCACGGCUGGGUAAACGACGAGCCGUCGCUUCGAGGGAAAGCAACAGAAGCAGGCCAUUCAGCCCAUCAAGUGGGGAUCUGAUCAAACCUCCACUCCAAUUUCCUGCCCUUCUGCCCCAACCCCCCGCUGCACCCCC